GAAAACGUCUUCAUACCUACAAUUCACUCGACCAACGAUGUGCUUCACCUAAAAACCAUAAAAAGAAAAGAGCUGGACUCAGCUUACAUUCUUGUGGAUCGAACAGGUUCAGUUCAACAUCCGGUUCUUAUCAUCCCACUUAUAUACACGUAUAACUGCAGUAUACGACGUAUAAAGGGUCCACACGAGCGGGCCAAUACGAAGAACGACAUGUCUCUAGAACAAUCUCGAUUAUUAAAUGGGGUGGAAGAGACUCGAAAAUCUGCGGCUUCUAGAAUAGCCAGCAAGGAAUCGAGAGAGAAGGCCAGGCACAGCUUCGCUUCAUAUUCGACACAAGAAGAAGACCUGACCGACGUAUAUACCGAUAUGGACGAACCGUGCGUGAUCGAAGAAGCCACAGUGAUGGAUGCCAAAGAGGUUACUAUCGAGACGCCGAAACUACCAGAGAAGAGUGCUCUCAGGAUGUCGAGGUUCUUGGACAGCUUAAAGCGCAACUCCAUCACCGAAUCGCUUAGCGACCCGCACGAUGUUUACCUUUCUUCGGAAGAGGAUGCCUCGUCCUCUGCCGACGACUUUUCCGACUAUGACUCCGACUCCGACCUAAACAGCAACGGAUCCGAGAAGUCGCACCAACGCCGAGUGAGUCAUGAAGAAAGUGCAAGAGCAGUUUCAGUGAUAUUUGUCGGGAGACCUUGCGUUGUGGACUUGGCAAGUGGUAGGAGAUCAGUUUCUCCGAUACGAAGACCUCAAUCGAUGAUCCCCUCCUCGCUCCGACAAGACCUAUUUGCGGACCGACCAGAACACCCCCCUCGAAAGAGCAGCCUUGCAUCCACGAUAGACAUAACUAAGGAGAACCCGUCGUUCCUUAGCCAGGAUCCUUUCGCUACGAACAAUUACAGGAUGGAGUCGCUAUCAAGAGGACCGCCACCAGCUAGUAUCAGUCCCCGCCCAAAGACACCUACAGCAGCCUUUCACCGGUUCCAGAAGUCAUUAAGUCUGGUCCGAAAACGAAGCCGUCCUAACUUGAAGGAUGCCGCCUCCAGGGAUAGUCUUAGUUGGCCACUCGGAUCAGGAUCAGGAUCAGCCUCAACUACCGAUCUACUUAGCUUAAACUCAUCUCGAACUUCCGAGGAAGAACAACAACUACCUAGGAGACCUCGAGUAGUGUCUGCCGCUACGAUGCCGCCUGAGGUAUCGGUAAUUACCAGAGACUCCAUCAGGUCUAGCCGGAGGGAUUCAUUGCCGAGACUACUCACCAAGCAACCACCACAACCCGCAUCACCGAGUCCUCCUUCGGCGAAAAGGGGCUUACUAAGUGGUUUAAAUAUGAACCGGCGGCGAAGCUUACGGAUCAAGCCAUAAACAAUUACACUUCGCAUCCUUCACUAUUUCCCAUUCUUAUUAAUCAAGGGGCACGGCAUGAUAUCUUAAGAGAGGCGUUACAAACACAUUACGGAGUUGGGGGUCUACGGCGCAUAGGUAGUCACUACUGCACACACGGGAAACAUGGUUUGAUUUUUUGGUGGGCGAAGAGAUUAAUGAUACCUUGGGCAAAAAGCUGCUAACGAAUCACGGCUGCUGGGUAUAGGUUAUAGGGGGCUGGGAGGCUAGCAUCAAUUAGCUGACGUCUAUUAAGACUACUACCAUAGCGAGCAUCGCUCAGCAUGAAUGAUACCACGAAAUGAUUUUUCCUGAUUUAA